AUGAGGGAAUUGGCUUUUUCUUUAAAAUAUUCAGAAUUUGGAAACCUCUCUCUUUACUCAUCUUUUGAAACAUGAUCAGGGGAAAGUCAAAGCAAGUGAGAAUACUUGCAACAAAAUCUUUUCUAGUUUUAAUGAACAGCAAAAGAGGGAAAAUCAUUCAAGGCAGGCAUUUUUAGUACAUAAAAAAGCUAGGUAUCUUUGAAGUUCUGUUCAUUGCACUGGGACUGCAGUGACUGGGUCAGUGUUUUGUUCUGUUUUUUUAAAAACCUCUUCAAAAGAGCAUUUGUGGUAAUUUUUGUAGUCAUUUGCUCACUGAUAUUAGCACCAAGGGAUAAACCCCUCUCUUCUCUCUCCCUCUUUUGAGGGGAGCAGAGCAGUGGUCUCUGUAAACCUCAGCCCAUUGCACACAACAGUUCAGGAUGCAGUCAACAGAAGCAGGUUUUUGGUUCCCAUCAAGCAGAACAGAGAAGAAGGGCUUUGCGCUGUGCCCAGCUCCCCUCCUUCCAGCUCUGUGCGCACUGUGUAAUCAACACCUUCACAUGUGAUGCCAAUAGCCUGAGGGAGGUGCCAGGAGAGCAGCUGCAAGCACUGGGAGAGCAGCCCAAUUUGGAGGUACAGCUCCUUCCUUCCCAUCCUGGGUCUUGGAUAGGAUCUGGAGAGACUCUGCAGCUAGUGGUGCUGUCUGAAGGAUUUUUCUGCUAUCAUGUCUUGGAGGAAGAAAGUGCGGCCAAGUUCUGCCUCAGGGAAGUUAGAAACAUUCAGCCUUAGCAGUAUCCUUGAUGAGCUAAGAGAGUCAAAAACUGUGGCAGAGCCUUCAUUUCAACGUGCUCAAACUUCUGUAGGAGGCCGCAGGUUGCAAGGCACAUCUCCAGUUUCCUUGGGCAGCUUCUCAGAAGAAAGCUCUCAGCUCCCAGAAUGGCUGGCGAAGGAGCUGCUGAAAGGGCAGCAGAGAAGUCACUCAGUUGGACUCAUGGAGAACAUUUCAGAGAGUGAAAGUGUUCAGCAUCACUUUGACCCUGCCAGGAGCCUGUGGAAAGGGAAGAUUGAACAGCAACUGACCCUUGAACAACUCAAGAAAUUAAAUACAGCCUUUCAGGAGUUAGAAGAGAAUGGAUGUAAAUCAUUGGAUGUAGAGAAAUUCAAGCAGAUAGUGAAGAAGAGUAUGGCACCAUAUAAUUCGAGUGGUGAACAAAUUGAAGAAUUUUUCAUGAAAAUUGACUAUGCUGCAACUGGAACAAUUCGGUGGGAUGACUUCUGCACAUACAUGCAGCUUGAAUACACUGAACAGGAUGGGACCUCUGCCCGGCUGAAAAAGCUGACCUUCUCACUCCCUGCCAUGAUGCAGGAACUCUCUUAUGGAGAGGCCAUCCUGCGCAUUAGUUCUCUGCCCAACAACACAUUAGUAAUAGCUAGAGAAGAUGGACUCAUUUCCUUCUGGUCUCCAGAGUUACAGCAGAAACGAAGCAAAAUGGUCUUUGAAAAGCUCAGCAACAAGAAACCUAAGUGGGUGAUGGAUUUUGCUGUUAUGACUCAGUACAACAAGCUCAUCCUGGGAACUGGUGAUCAUGAAAUUCAGUUUUAUGAACUCUCUAACUUUGAACCAUACUGCCAGAUCAGUAGCUUGGAAGCUAUCCCUUUACGACUGGACUAUUGUUACACUGAUACUGAUGAGUGCAUGAUUCUCUAUGGGGAUGAUCAGGGUUGUGUCAAUAUUUUGCUCAUGUCUUCUGUGGGAGAGCUCCUGAGAACAUGGAAAAAACUACCAAAAGACAAAAGCCUGCCUAAUAUUGGCCUGGAGAGUGCUGUUUGUUCUCUAAAUGUCACUUACAUUCGUUGGAAAGUGCAUGGCGAUUGGGUUACACAGCUAAACUACUGUGAUUCCAUGAAAGCAGUGAUUUCUACCUCUAGCCAUGAGUCUACAGCUUUAGUAAUAGGGUGUAUUGUAGGGGCAACCAAUGUUGAACAGCAGAUGAAAGAAAUAAAAGAUUCUGCAAAAGAAUCAAGGGGGAAAAAAGGACGGAUGAUCCCCAGUGUCCCUACAAGGAGAGCUGAAGGUGAUCAGACAGUAUUCCGCAUCUACAAGGGAGUGAAAACAUUUGCAUUCUGCAAAAAAUACAACCUUCUAGUGACCGGAGGCAUGGAUCGGAUUAUCCGGCUAUGGAAUCCUUACAUGCCCAGACGACCAACAGGAAUGCUCAGAAGCCACAUGGCACCAAUCUUUUACCUCUAUGUAUCUGAAGAAGAUGCCAGAAUAUUUUCCAUGUCCACAGACAACACUCUUAAGAUCUGGGACAUCGAGGACCACAGCUGCUUGUUUACAGCUUGCUCAAAAAGCAGUGGAAUUAAAGGGGAGCUCACUGCCUGCCACUACAUACCAGGCACCGGAUCGCUUUAUGUCGCCACGGAUACACUCGCUCUUUUUCAUCUGCGAUUAAGGCCUCCUCCAGAGCCCCAUUUGGUCGUUUCUCAUAAGGAGCCAGUUCUGUGCUGCAAGUACAACAAAGAGUUUAAGCACGUGGUGAGCUGCUCAGAAGGAUCUGUAGUUAAAGUGUGGGAUUUUGCAACAGGAAAGCAUUUGUUUGAGUUUUGUGAUGCUCAUGGAAGUGCUGCUAUCACCUGUAUGACCUUUGAUGACAAUGGAAGAAGGUUAGUUACUGGAGGAAGAGAUGGCUGCUUGAAAGUAUGGAAUUACAACAAUGGACACUGUCUGCAUUCCUUGAAAAGGGAAGGCAAAUGUGAUGAAAUUUGUGACUGUACCUACGUGGAGGUGAAUAGAAACAAGUAUAUCAUAGCUGUUGGAUGGGACAGAAGAAUAAGUAUGUAUUUUGAUUCAGCAGAUGAUCUGCAUCAUUUUCAGAAACCGCAGCCCUAUUGGCAGGAUGACAUAAACCACGGCCACAAGGAAGAUAUUCUCUGUGUUGCUCAGUGUCCACCUACCUUUCUUGCUACUUCCAGUUAUGAUGGUGAAAUCAUUGUUUGGAAUAUGAUUUCAGGACAUGUACACUGCAAACUUCACACCCCAACUCCCAUGGAUAGUUCUAGCACAAAAGCUGUAGACCCAAGUGUUAAACAUGUCAUAUUUUUGAGGACUCGUGCAGUGAAGUUAGGAUGUACAGCAGCAUCUCUCAUUUCCAAUGGGCCUCAAGGUUCUCUUAACUUCUGGAGUUUGUUCAGUGCAGUUCCACUUGCAGCGAGUUUUAUACCUUCUAGAGUGAAAUCCCAGACCAGCAGCAUUGCUGUCACUGCCGAUGAUUCAUUUCUUUAUGCAGCAGACGAGAGUGGAUAUGUGUGUGUCUACAAUGUAAAGGAUUAUGCCCUUGGGGAUCCAGAGCAAGGACCACCAAAAUAUGUGAACCACUGGAGAGCACAUGUAAAAAUGGUUGUGUCGUUAGAAGUUAUUGAGGAAGAAAAAGUGCUGUUGUCUUCUUCUGUAGAUUGUACAGUUCGUCUGUGGAGUCUGGAUGGAGAGUACAUUGGGACUUUUGGCCAAGAAGAACCUUGGGAAAUUUUUACUCCUGCCUCCUGGAAACAUCCCAUGGUGCCCUUUGAAAUUCUGAUAGAUCCUCAGAGCAUGCCCCAUCAUCCAGUGUUGGGAGGAGAAACUUCAGUCUGGCAAAUCAUAAGCUCAGACCAAAAUGAUGCAGCUCGAGAGAACUCUUUAUCUAAGCAUGAGGGGAGCUACAACCAUAAGCUCUCUCAAGUUACUAUUACUGAUCCAGAUAUCAAAGAGGAAGUUGACAAAUGGUCUUGCACAGAAGCUGUGGGCAAAAGUUUGAAGCAUGAGCGGUUCAAGAAUUUAACCAGACCACUUAAGCAUGGGGGACUGAGCCCUUAUCGUACUAUCAAGUAUUAUGAAAUGGCAGGCUGGAGGAUGUUUUAGAAGCCCCUGCCCUAGGAUCUGUGGGUGAUACUGCAGCCAGUGGCAACAGAGGGAGAAGAACAAUACUCAUCACACACAUUUUGGCUGGAGGAUUUGGGUCUUCAAAUAUUAUGCAAGUUUUGUUUAAACAUGAGACAUUAUCCUUUGUGGAUACAUUGCUCCAUGUAUCUCAUAUCUGGACAACAGGGUGUUAACAUAAAUUUUUACUCUUAAGCCUUUUGAAAGACACAUGAGCAAUUAGACUUGCUGUGGAAAAGACGUUUCUGCUCAUAACAGUUUUAUGGCACAGUAACCUUAAGAGCAGAAUGAAGAGCAAGUAUUAUACCCCUUUCAUAUGUUAAGAGUCUAAAGCUGCUUACAGAUGUAGAAAAAAAUGGUACUUUAUUUAAUAGCCGAUUGAAUUAGCU